AUGCAGCCGCUCAGCAACACCGAGACGUACUCGCUCGGGGCAAUAUCGUUUGUGUGCCUCGCGAUUCUCAUCAGCUCGUUGAGGAACAAUGGCGAGCCUCUGUUCGACUCAUUGGCCAUCAGUGGCCUUGCAUUCGCCUUCUCAUACUGCAUUAUACGAUGGAGUGGGGAUACUUUCCUCAAGCGAGGCUUCAAAGGACGGGACAUGUCCAAGAAACAGCCCAUUGAAAUACCAGAAUUCAUGGGCGUGUUGCCCGCAUUGGUAUACCUCUUAGCGCUGACCGCCUUCGUGCCGUUCGUCUUCAAAAGCGACAUUGUCGAAAUGACGUCGGGCGCCGGGAACAAGGAUGACCUGUUGGAAGCACAGCAGAAUGAGACAGUCCGCUUUCUCCACCUGUUUCCGCUGGAAAAGCUUGCUCCAUAUGGCUUUGCGGGCUUCACGCUGGCAGCUGCCAUCCUCCUGGGGAUCAUGGACGACACCUUUGAUUUGCGAUGGCGACACAAGUUCUUCAUCCCGGCGUUUGCGUCGCUGCCUUUGCUGGCCCUCUACGGCAUCAAGUAUGGUGAAACGCACGUCAUGGUACCGGCUCCUCUGCGUGGCUACCUGGGCGAACGGACCGAAUUGGGCAUGUUAUAUUAUGUUUACAUGGCGGCGCUGUCUAUCUUCUGCCCCAACUGCAUAAACAUAUUGGCUGGCAUCAAUGGCAUCGAAGUCGGUCAAUCGCUGGUAAUUGCCUGCUUGAUUGUCCUCAAUGAUGCACUGUACCUGUCGCCCACGGUACAGCAGCCACACCCUGCCGCAGAGUCACAUCUUUUGAGCAUCUACCUUUUGCUGCCGUUGAUCGGUGUCUCUCUGGCACUGCUCCAGCACAACUGGUUCCCGGCCAAGGUCUUUGUUGGAGACACUUACUGCUAUUUCGCGGGCAUGGUGUUUGCGGUCGUGGCGAUCCUGGGCCAUUUCAGCAAGACACUGCUGUUGGUCUUCAUCCCGCAAAUCUUCAACUUUGUGUAUUCCGCACCGCAGCUGUUUGCACUUGUGCCGUGCCCUCGGCAUCGAUUGCCACGUUUCAACGCGCGCACCGGGCUGUUGGAACCGUCGGUUGCGACAUUUUCAGACGAGCGGCCGCUCCGCCCAAUCGUGGGAGAGGUGUUGAAGAUACUGCACAAGCUGAAGCUGGUGCGGGUCGCAGUAGAUGAGACGACGGGGCGGGUGACAGAGUCGAGCAAUUUGACCAUCCUGAAUCUCUGGUUGGUGUGGAGGGGCCCUCUUCGCGAAGACAGGUUGGCAUUGGAAAUUCUCGCGAUGCAGACCGCCUGCGGUCUGGCUGGGCUGUGGGUCAGGCACAGCUUAGCGCUGAUGCUGUUUGCAGUGGAUAAUCGCUUCUGA